AACCCUCAAGAGAAAUUGAUUUUGAGUGCAAUACCAUACCAAAAUUCUUGCGACAAUGGAAUCCUCCACCGGCAAGGACUUCAAGAUCGGAGAGUGCCAAGGCCAGAAGGUGGUCGACGGCGAGGUGAUGCCACUCGUCCUGCUCCCUUCGGAGCCCGCCAAAAGCGACGCCGAGUCCCUCGUCGCGGCCUUGAAGAAGAACGGGGAGUGGUUCGACCAGAUGAUCAUCAAGAACAGUGCCGUCUUGCUCCGUGGCUUUGACGUGAAGAGCGCCGAGGACUUCAACGAGAUCGUCGAGGCCUGCGGGUGGGAGGACAUCCGCUACAUCGGCCCUGCGCCGAGGACUCACAUCUACAAGCGGAUUUGGACGGCGAACGAGGGUCCGCUGUCGGAGUUCAUAUACUAUCACCAUGAGAUGGUUCUGUUCAAGGAAAACCCCAAGAAGGUGAUAUUGUAUUGCGAGGUGCCGCCGCCGGAGGGCGGGGAGACGCCGUUUGUGCCGAGCUUCCAGGUGACCAAGCGGAUGCUGGAGGAGUUCCCGGAGGAGGUAGAGGAAAUGGAGAAGAAGGGGCUGAUGUACACCUUCACUGCCCCGAGCGCGAAUAACACUUCCUCCAUGAGGGGCCGCGGCUGGCAGGAUGCUUUCGGCACCCCCGACCCGGUCGAAGCCGAGAGAAGGGUUAACGCCAUGGGAAUGGACGUGGAAUGGCUGCCCGACGGUGGACUGAAGACGAUAAUCUGCCCGCGAUCCCUCACGAGGGUGUUCGAGGGGCGGAAAGGGAGGAGGAUGUGGUACAACACAGUGGUGGGGAUGCACGGGAAGGAGAUCAGCUCGGCCACCAUGGCCGAUGGGACGGAGAUCCCAGACCAUGUGGUGAAGCGAUGCGGCGAGAUCAUCGAGGACGAGAGCAUCCAGUUCAAGUGGGAGAAGGGCGACGUCCUCUUCUUUGACAACAUGGCCUUGCUUCAUGGACGCAGGCCGUCGCUCCCACCAAGGAAAGUGUUGGUGGCUACUUGCAAGUGAUUUGGUCCCGAGUCGUGUUUUCGAAAGCUUUGAAACAGAUUAUAUGGAGCCAGGAAGAAGUGGAAUGAACUAAGGCAAAGUCUGAAUAAAUGUUGAUUUAGUUAUAAACGUUAUACCAUGUGUAAUAAUGGCAGCAAGCCGCCGCCACCGUGUCAGCGAGUUCCCACGUCGUCGCUCCUCCUCCGCGACUCAGCAGGGGAGGUCGCGA